AUAUUUCAAAGGAAUGUUAUAAUACGACGGUGUUUUUCGGUCGAAAAUGCAACCAUGUCUUUGCCGGCGGGAGUUUCGCAAGAGGCAUUUUUACUACAGAAUCGCUUUGACAAAAUGAGCUCUAAGAUUGCUUCUCGCAAAAAAAGCAAACGGAGACCUCGAUAUCUGCAGGCUUUGAGGGAUUUUACAGCAGCAGAUGCUUGCUUUUCUGAUGGAGCAAAUCCUCUUUCAUUUCACAUAGGUGAGAUUUUUACAUUUCUCAGCCGCAGGGACAACUAUUGGGUGAAUGUCGAGAGGACGGUUUGGAAGAACAAUCCUUUAUUAAAGACUAAAGAUUACCCUACCAUUGAGCGGGGAAUCGUACCUGUUGACUACGUGAUCGAGAUGGAUAGUACAACAAAACAAAAUGGAAGACUGUCAGCGGCGAAAUCAGAGGAUUGCUUGGUUUCUACAAGUGAGGAUAGCCAGGACGACUUUUUCAAGGUAAGCUUAACUUUAGUUUCGACUUUGUAAGAUAUCAUCUUCCGUGCCGAUUGCAUUCCUUUUACAAUACUACCUUUGCUGCCAAGAAAAGCAACAGAAUAGCAAAAUUAAUGAUAUAUUUGAAAUGGUCUUCUCGAUACCUGAUGAUCAGUUAAUUGUAUAAGCCCACCGCGUUCUGGAACAACUUAAAUAGUUUAUAUAUUCAUUCCCUUCUUCUCAUUGUGAAACCGUUUGAAAACAUAAACAUAACUCAAACACCUUACGUCAUUAUAUUUAGCUAUAUAUUAUUUCUACCUGCCCGCGUCAAAAAAGAUUGUAUUAACGGCGAUCAUCUUAAUUAACUCCAUAUGAGAUAAGUUUAGAAAGUAUUUUCGACUUCCGUUUUUUUCUAUGCAGAAAAUGUUUUUUGCCGAUUUUCAUUAGCUGGAAAAGUUAACAAGAAAUUGUAGGUCAUAAAUAAUAGAUGUGGGAGAAGAUUGAACUUGUGAAGCCGGUUUUUGUCGAUGUUAAUUUUUUGUCUUCAAUAUCGAUUUAUUAACAGAAUUAAUUAAAAAAUUAAAACUUUAAAGUGUGAAAUUUAUGUGACUCAGAUCAAAUGGGAUAGAACUGGGUGUUUAUUGUAAUUUCCGGUCACGUAACCGUCCCCAUUCCAUGCUGAUUAUCUGGAGCUAAGAUGUCUGAGUCAUUUAAUUCAAAAAUAAGUUGUCUAGACUUGUUCGCCCUUGUCUAGCCUGUGUACUGCCUUUGCAGGAAAAUGGUGUCCUCUCCAAAUUUUACUGAUGAGAUGGGUCCUUCUUCACGAGAGAGGCCGGGAAUGUUUUCUCUCAGUGAAGUAAAGUGCAUACUCUCGUUUCAGGCCAUUAGUUAGCUUGAUAUUGCAUGCAAGAGCAAGCAUUUAUGAGUCCUCAAUUUUCCUUGAAAGCGUUGCAAGAACAGGGUUGCCACAGUCAGGGAAAAGUCAGGAAAAACUGAAAAUUUUUCAAGGUCAGGGAAAAGUCGGGGAAUUUUUCAAAAAGUCAGGGAAAAUCUUUGAUGUUGUCAAAGUCAGUGAAAAGUCAGGGAAUUCUGUUUUCUUGUUUAUAGUUCACAAGUUUUCUUCAAGAUUUUGAAUUGUAUUUUCUUUCAGAAAAAAUGAAAAGUAUGCUGCAAAGUAAGCAAAGCAAUCAAUUUGACACUCAAGGUCUGACACAUGUUGUAGCCGUGGUCAGUGGUUUUCAUUGUGGAUUCUUUCUUCCAAAUUCCUUCUUCCUCUUUCCGUAAAAAGCGGAAAGACGUUGAAAAUGAAGAGAAAACUGUCGAUGGUCUGCAAAAAAAGCUAAGGAGAAUGUAAACAUGGAUUGUUUCUCAUUAAUAGAAGGUCAGGAAAAGUCAGGGAAUUUUUAACUUUCUGAUGAGUGGCAACCCUGAAAACGUAAACGUAGGCAUGAGCACAAGGGACAAAUUUUUCCUUUUUUUGUGCAUGAGAUUGAGCUUGUGCAAUAUUCAUUUCACUAGAAACAGAACUUUUGUGUUAUCCCUUGUGCCUCAUGCUUGCAUUCCAAGUAACAAGCAUGUUUAAUAGAUUUUUGAUGAGAAAAAAUGAUAUUUCCAUCAAACUAAGUUCAAUUUGACCUGUUACUGAGAAAUCAACAAUGAUUGUAGGCAAACUAAUUCGUUGUUAAUUUUCUAGGUUAAAAGUGAGAGAGACUGUCUGGCUGAAGAGAUAGAACAGCUAAAGAGGAAGCUUGAUGAAGCUUACAAGGAGAAUGCUGCCCUUCUUGAACGGUUAGUGCCAUCUAUGAUCUCAGAUCAUUAUACGUUUCUGGGAAACUGUCCACCUACCCCUCCCCAAAGUCAAUAUUUUGCCCUGAGUGAAAAGUAAGUGUUAAUGUUGGCUAAGGGGAGGGGUAGGUAGGCAAUUUCCCAGAAACAUAAAUUAUUGAUCCAUGAUCCCUAUGUAGGAAUAGACCCUUCCAGGGUUUUUUUAAACUUUUGAUGGAGACCUGUAAGCAAAUAUCAAUCGACAGUGCUGGAAAGAGGGCCUUAGGUAACUUACUAAGUUUAAAGGUGAUACAUGUACAUUCAAAGAGACGAAAGAUAUUGCAAGCCCUAGGAUUUCAAAUCCCAUGGAAAACAAUUUUUCGGUUCUUUGCCCAGACACCGUGGAAAACGAUGGGUAAUAAUAAUAAGAUCCAGUAACAACACAGUACCGGAAACGAUCAUUACGGUGAAAUCCUAGGGCUUGUAUUGCUCUACAUGGUAUGGUGUGGGGAGGGGUGGGAGGCACAAACUUGCCUCCCCACCAUACAACUGUCUAUAAAAUUGUGUGACUUUGCAGAGCUAUGUCUUUGUUCAUUUUUAACAAAUCACCUUCAAACUUGGCAGCUUUACUGAUCUUAAGGGGUUCUUUCUAGCAGUAUUGACAGAUUUUUGCAAACUAGUCCAGAUCAAAAGUUGAAAAAAUUGUGGAAAGUUCUAUACCAUAAUAGGACAUAGGAGUAUGCGAGGGCUUUGAACUACAGAUAGUGAGAUAGGUUGAGAACACUUCACAUGGGAUCUCAAAACUGAUACAAAAGGUGUGAUUUAACAUGGGAGUGCAAAGCACUACACUGUAGUUAGACGGGGACUACAACUGCCUCUCAUCUUGCCAGUCGCCAUGUAUUCAGCUCCUAAUAAUGAAUGAAGACAUCGACUUUGUUACACAUUAUUAUACCCAGUGCCUGCAGGUUUGUUUCGUUUGUUUGUUUAUUCCAAAAUCGUCGCUUGUCAGUUAAAUUAGGUCUCCUCAAAAUAGGUUAUAAUGAAUUGUUAAGGAAAUAAUUUGUGCUUCUGAAUUUUUCAGUAGUGCUAGUAAUCCUUUUGUGUUGUCAAACUUUAAGUCCACUGAGUUGCAUGCAGGAUUCAACACCAAGAACAGCCUUUAACAACAUGUGACUUCUACAUGUGUGUAGUGUUUGAUACAUUUCACUUGGUUGUGAUUGGUUGAGCCAGUUUGGGUUCUUAAUUGAGGCAUAGAACUUACCUCGGAAACUGUCAUGUGGAAUUCUUCUGUUCUUUUUUGCCUAUCAGCAUAGCAGUUUCUUUCAAGGCUAACCCAGGGCUCAAAAAAGGCUUGAAUUCCAGGUUUUCCUUUGGGCAAGAAGCUCUGUUAUUAUGGUUGCCCAGGAACACUUUGUCAAUGAUUUUGUUAGCAGUUGACCUACCUGGACCCUUUCCCAACUUUAUCUACCCUUAAUCCCUUUCUGUAACAAGACAAUCAGCAGGCUAUACAGUUGAACCCAACUUUACCAACCCCUGCUUAACACAGACACCUCAUUAUUAUGGACAGUUUGCUUUGUCCCUCGGGAACAAAAGCCCAUACAUUUUCUCUAAAUUCAACCCACUUAAUACAGACACCCCAUUAACCCUUUAAGUCCCAAUAGUGACCAACAACAAUUUUCUCCUAACAAUAUCCAUAUGUUGCCAAGAGAAAUGAUUAUGAGAGUUAAUAAAAUGAUCACGAAAGAAAAAAUGCUUUGAUCUGUUAUCAAACUCUCUCAACUAUUUUUUUAAGGAAAUGUAUGAAGGUCAGUAUGGAGAAUUAAUAUGUAGAUAUGGGGGCUUAACCCUUUAAGCCCCAAUAUCCACAAACAAAUUCUCCAAACUGAUCUCUGUACAUUUCCUUACAGAAUAAGUUGGGAGAACUUGAUAAAAGAUGAGAGAUUCUUCUCUUUGUGAUCAUUUGAUUAAUUCUCAUAGAUGUUGCACUUGACAAUCUAUGGAUAUUGUUAGGAGAAAACUGAUGUUGGUCACUAUUGGGGGUUAACGGGUUAAAACGGACUCUUUCUAUGAUCCCUCAGUGUCUGUAUUAACAGGAUUUGACUGUAUUAAAUGAUGAAAAUCAGGCUUUGGUAUAUUGGACAUUCCAUCUUUUAUUAAGAUGUAAAUUCCCUAACUUUGCUAUUGAUUUUUAAGGUCAGCACAGGAAUACAAGAACAAUUUACAGCUAGUUCAUCAGCUGUUAUCACAGUAAGAUACUUGCAAGCCACUUCUAAUGAGAACGUCUGCAGUCGUCACCCAGUCGUGUUACGUGCGCCCCUGUCAUACGUGGUUAACCAAGUCUUAUUGAUUUAACUGGCUGAUGAAUGAAGCUAAUAUUUUCUUUAAUAAUUAAUGUAAAAUUAAGUUAAUACCACUAAGCAUGAGAAAUCAACUUAUUUAUCAGAUGAUUAUCAUUAAUUUGCUGUGUGGCUAAUAAUUAUUAUGUUAAGUUAAUUUUGCUACUGCAUGUCAUUGGGUUAUGAUAUUGUUUUAAUAACAUGUACUAAUGCUGUUUAUACCUGGGGCGUUGUCCAUUUAACAAAAAUUCUGGUUUGAAAUUUCGGAAAUUCCAUGUGCCCAAUGGAAUAGUACAAUCUAGUUGAACAGACCCGACCCAAACCACCGCGCAUUUGGUUAUUGUUCUUGAAAGCAGGAUACAAAAGAGCGGUACUGGGGACAACAAUUUUGUCAAAUGGAAAGGGACAUUUCGGUCCAACCGACCAAAAUGACCAGACUGCUCAAAGAGGUCCACCUUCAAAGCUGAUUCCGAAUAUUCCAGUUGGACCAAAUCAAAAUGGUCCUUUCCGUUAAAAAGUACCAACUGAAAUUUAUGGAAUUUUGGGUUGAAUGGAAAGCACCACUGACUACCUCCUUUUUUUGUUGAUUACGGUAAUUUACUUCUUUCCGUUUUUAAAAAGUUGUUUCAAUGUUACAUCCAGGAAGGUAAACAUAAAGCUGUGGUUAUUGGGCCAAGAGCAUCAACUUACUCUGUAUUUCCACAACAGUCAUGGAAGAUUAACAGAUAUAAGAAAGCUAACUCUAAAUCAGGGGCUGUGUUUUCCUCAGUUUGUGACUCAAGUUGCCCCUGAUGUCCACCCAUUUUGCAAUGCAAUUAUCUUAUUAUCUAUAAAUGUCUUGGUUAUAAUAGGUAUUAUGCUGUUGGAGAAGUAGUGGUUACCUCAAAAGAAGAGCUUGCAAUUGCACAACAGUCUUUAAUAGAGGUAUAAUAUUAUUGAUACAUGUACGUCCAUCUAAGUAGUAUUAUGUCCUGUUAGUAACUGUGCUGGGCCUUUUUCAGUCUUGGGGUUGAGUGUCAAAAGUGGAACCCCGUGGAUACUCCAGACAUCUAACCUCCAUUCAGCGACACAGUUGUUAAUAGAGUUUAAUCUCCAUGAAAUAACACAAGGACCCCACUAAAUGGUUUAUCACAGAGUGUUGUUAUUCCACUCAUUUGUUGUUUCAGUGUAAGUAUUAGUUACAGUCAAGGCAAAGUGAAAAUAUGUCAUGGUAAUACUGAAUAAAAUUCUUCAUUGCACUCUAAAAUCCCAGUUUGAAAGAACUUGGAAAAUGAUUAGUUUAGGUGCAUCAGAUGCUAACGAGGUUAGCGUACUAUAUACUUAUUUACUGAGUGGGGUGGCUGGAUGGGUAGGUAUUUGGCUUGAGGUCCGUGUGUCCUGACCGAGAGCCAACUAUUUUCACAUCGGGCUUGACCUAACUCAGUCAAUAAGAAUUUUAUCACAUGACCAUUGUGUUUGAAUUUUUGUGACGGAGUAAACCCACAUCAAUCAGUAUGCUUUUCUAGCAGUGUCAUAAGCGGAACUUUAUUUUUCGUAUGGUUUUCCAACAAAAUUGCACACGGGGUCAUUCGGGUAACAUGAUAAAAAUUGAUGUACUUUUUUUUUCAUUACUACUGUGUGAACUAUCUGGCUUUUAUUUUUAUGUCCUGACAGGGGCCUAUCUUUUAGUUGUUUUAUUGUUGUUGCUGUUGUUUUUUUUUCUUCAUUCCCAGUAGUGCACUGUUGUAGCAUGACCUUGUUUUUCUUGUCCCAUGUUCAUUUUACAGGAACAACAAAAAAGUCAGAAGUAUCAAAAGCAGCUAGAAGACAUAAAGACUCAAAUAAAUAAAUCAGGCAAUAAAUCAGCAGUAUGUAUUCUGCACAGUCUAUAUAUUUAUUCAUUGGAGAUUGUCAUGGCAGAAGAUUUACUUUCAAACCUUUCCCUCUGCCCCCCCAACUAGUGGACACAUGCCGUAGGCAGAAACACACUCAUGGUCCCAGCAAAAUACAAACAGUACAUCAUCAGCCAUCUUUUAAAAGGCAGAUCCUUUUUCUGUUCUCCUAGAUGUCUCAUUUACUGAAGGUUCAAUAGUAAUAAUAUUAUUGUAAUAAUUAAUCUAAUAAUGAUUUUGGAGAAAGCCAUGGUAUCCCUAUGAACUGUUGUUAAUUUCUUUUUUUAUUAUUUCCUGAUUACAGAUCAAACUUUUGGAUAAAAUACUUCCAAAAGAAAUAAAACCUCAGUCAAAUGGAUUAAUAUCAAAAGUAAGUAGUCAUGUUUUGUUACAGUAACGUUAGUUUAUUUAGCAAAUCCAUAACACAAGACAGGGCUGUCAUUAAGUCUUGAAGCAGGCGUAACAUGAAAGAUUUCAGCCAUAACAUGUUAAAGUAAGCACUGCACAUUGCUUAAUGAGGUUUGCUGCUGAGAAUGACAUUGGGAAAAGCAACGAUCGAUCAGAAAUUUUAUCCGAAAGUUUUUGAAGGGAAAAGGUUUUUCGUUUAACAUGUCUUAGAAUCAAGGACACAGAAGACACAAGGCAACAGUCAUAUUUAAUUCAUAAGGUAUUGUUUAUUGAUAAAUUUUGAUUUGUCUUGGUCCGUGAAAAUGCUUAUCAAAUAAUUUUAGGCAGCAACCAUCAGCCAUAACAUGACUGAGCUCAGCUGUAAGAGGUGUUGCAGGUUACGGCUCCUAAUGACAUCCCUGUAUGAUGAGUGGAGAGAUAUAAGGGGGACCCAAGUAUGAUCACCCAGCUCUUAGACAGUGAAUCAACAGGGUGCAAAGAAAGUAAUAUUUUUGAAGCUUGCCAUUCAGGCAAGCUGAAGGUAGAAUAUCCAAAGCAUAUGCAAAGCCCAAACGUCGUUUCAACUAGCCCCAAAAACACUUUAAUGAGCAGAAUUGAUUUCACAGUUCUUCUGUAAUUUGAAUCCCUCAAAAAACUUCACUUGCCCAUCAGCCAAGUUAAGAACAAAAUUCACUAGCCCAAUAGCAAAAUCUACUAGCCCCGGACUAUCGGACACUACUUUCUUUGCAUGCUGACCAACCACUCCCAUGGCUGGUGAGCUCCUCAACCCUGCCAUGAGUCAUCUGAGCACCAGUCAUGCUGCAUUGACAGAGCAAAAGGAAAGAGAGAAGGAGGCAAAAAUGAAACCAUGAACUGACCAACACUUCGACAUGCUGAAAUUAUGCUUCAUCCCUCUACAAUGAGGAGUGCUCAGAGCAAGGGCCAAUAUUCUUUUACUCCUGAGAGCAAUAAACAUACCACCUGCUUUGUCCUAAACUAUACUGAACAAAAACCCAGGCAGGUGGUGGUUGAGGAUACAAUAUUAAUUUUUGUUGCUAAUCUUGUUGUUGUUGUUGUUUGACUGUUCUUAACAGUAAAAAUAUAGUUAUUUAUUACUGUAAUGAUAACUUUUUCAUUAUUUUUGCAGGCUAAACCUGCCAGUUCUUCAGAUGACCUGAUGUUGUCCUGUGCAAUCUGCCAUGAAAAAAUGAGGUGAUUAAUUUUUAAUCAUAAAGAUAGGAAAUGUUGAUUAAUAAACCUAGUGUGAUCCUCAGUAACUGUUUCCCUUGUCCUUGUCUUCUACGAUUGUGAAUUAUUUACUAAGAGUAGGGAGACAAGAAAGGGUAACGAUGAUGUUGAUAAUCAUGAAUAAUUUGAAACUAGGUUGAAAUCAUUUUAUAGCCUUAAUUUGAACUACAACAUUGAUAUAUGAAUAGCAUAUAUUUCAUCUUUUUCAUUAUUUCAAUAUUAUUUUCAUUUUGUAAUAUUAUUGGUCUCCUUGUUUGCUACAGAGUAGCUGACCUGGCUUCACAUUCCAAGGUGUGUUCUCCUAAGGACUCAGGGAAAACUCCUACCACGUGAGUUAAAAAUUAAUAUCCCACUUUGUUUAAAUGUGACUAAAUGAAAUUUAGUGUAAGUUUGUAGUCAUCAGUUCCAGAUUCCAUCCUAUGCCUGACAUCGGUCACAUUACUGUUGGUUCUGAGUGCAUUGCACCUCGUGACUCUGUUCGUAAUUUAGGGGUUCAGUUUGAUAGCAUAUUUAGUUUUGAGGAGCACAUUAAGAACAUUUGUAAAUCAUCGUUCUAUCAUUUGAGAAAUAUUGCUAAAAUCCGCAAGUACUUAAGCCAAGAUACAUGUAAAAUCUUACUCCAUGCAUUUAUUAGUUCGAAACUUGAUCACUGUAAAACUUCCUUAUUACAUGGCCUUCCUACGUAUCUGUUAGCUAGACUACAGGCAGUUCAGAAUGCUGCAGCUCGUGUUGUCACACUGACACCGAAGCAUGUUCAUAUAACUCCUAUUUUAAUUAAUCUUCAUUGGUUACCAGUUGAGUUUAGAAUAACUUUUAAAGUCCUUUUAUCGGUAUACAAGGCCCUUCAUGGCCUUGCACCUUCUUUUAUUUCGGACCUUUUGAAUUUUAAAACAUACUCUAGGUCAUUGCGUUCUUCAUGUAAAGAAUAUUUAGUGGUUCCAAGAAGCAGAUUGAAAACGUAUGGAGACAGAGCUUUCUCUAUUGCAGGACCUAAAUUGUGGAAUGAUUUACCUCUAGAGAUUAGGAAAUGUGCUUCAGUGGCAACUUUUAAGCAAUCCCUUAAAACUUUUUUAUUUAAGUUAGCAUAUAGGUUAUGAGAUUCCUUUUGUUUUAAGAUGUUUUUGAUUUAUAUAGUAGAUAACUUAGGCUAUAUUUGAAUUAUAUUGUAUAUUGUAGAUAUUUUAUAAUUUAGAUUUUUUAUAUUCUAUUUUGUAAUUAGGUAGUGCUUUGGACAAUUAUUGGAUUUUAGCGCUAUAUAAAUAAAAUUAUUAUUAUUAUUAUUAUUAUUAAACUCAAGACAUUGCUGACCAGUCCUUCGUCUGAGAUUUAUAGUGAUGCUUGCAUGGCUUUGCUGGGGCAUUUGAGAAUUUACAGAUUCUCAGUUGAGGUCACCCUAUAACAUUCAUUUGUAAAUUGUAAUUUGCUUACCCACGUAGCACUUAGGAGUUUUUAUGAACUCGUUUAAAGGUAUCCAUAUCUUCCAGAUUGAAUUGGAAUUUGAAACAAUUGGCUUUUGAGGAGAGGGAAAAACCGGAGUACCCAGAGAAAAACCUCUCGGAGCAAGGAAGGGAACCAACAACAAACUCAACCCACAUAUGGCUUCGAUGCUGUGAUUUGAGCCCAGGUCACAUUGGUGGGCGGCAAGCCCACCACAAAUGCACCACCCUUGCUCCCCACACUGUCACUUUACGUUGCUCAUGCUCAUUAAGUGUUCUGCUCUGUACCCAACCCUUCACUUUGAUAAAUAUCGGUGAGUAUUCUAAGGUGUCACCGGUUAGCAGUGUGACGGUGUCUGGUUCGAUGCCACUCCCAGGGUUGUCAUGGUUAUGCAUUCCUCUCAGCUGCUUUUUUGUUCCACCAGCCAUGGGGUAUUUAAGGAGCUUUGUAUGCCAGAUCUUUGUCACAUGAACCUGGCUUAAUGGCCUUAGUUAGCUCCCUUGGGUAUCCUGUAGCUCAGUGGUAGAGCAUUUGAACUUUUUAUUACUCCUUUCCUUUAGUUAAUCUUAUAUUUUUGGUCAUUGUUCCUUCCAGUCCAACAACACCUUCAUCAGACUUACUACGAGUUACAGUAACAAGCUCUGAAACUGAUGAGCAAAAUGCAACCUUUAAAGUUGUAACAAAGGUAAGAAACUUCUAUAAAACUACAGUUGCAUGUAAAGGAGUGAGUUUAAAUGCUUGUCCCCAUAGGACGUUGCAUCCUUGAAAUUAUCCACAAUGGAAACUGUCUGUCAAUAAGCUAUUUGCACGAUGAUGUCCUUUUACUACUAUGACCUUAAUCCUUCAAAGGUUUGCUGUCUUUUACAAAUUAGAGCUUUUGUUAUAUAAGCCUUACUGGGAUAACCAGAUUUAAAUAUGAAAGGAACAAAGAUAACAUAAGGAUUCUAGUCCUAGUAGUAAAAUGAAGCCAUCAUUAUUGCCAAUCAUGGACAUGUCAAAAACAUCCCCUUUCCCACUGCCUUCUCAGUCUUCCUCUUUCUCUUUUCCCAUCUAUCUUCUCCUCCAACAUGAUCUUUCCCAAGCCCUUACUGCUUUUCAAAUGGCCAAAAUACUUCAGCUCAGCAAGGAAAUCCUGCUUCUUGUGGAAUUAAAUGCGUCCUAAUUUAUUAUCUAAUCUCCAAGCAACAAGCUCGACUUAAUGCCUUUUAAAAAGCACUCUUGUUUGUUCUGUUCUCCAGCCAUAAUAUUUUAAAAAAUUUUCUGUAGCACUUCAUUUCAAAAGCAUUAAUUCUUUGUAAAGUUGUUUUUCCAAGUGUCCACGUCUCACAGCCAUAUACGGUAUGUAGCUGAGGGGAAAACACAUGUUCUGUGAAUUCUUAGUCUUGCUUGAGGAUCCUGACCAUUCCACAAGAAUUUCAACUUCGACAGCUUGUUUGUUGCUAUAGCAAGCCUUUUCUUUAUUUCCUCCGACUCAUCUCCAUCUCCAGAUAUUGUUGAUCCCAGAUAAACAUAUUUGGGAACCCAUUCCAAGAUUUCACCUUUUACUUAUAUUUCUAUUUUGCAAUAUUCCUUUGUUUGCCAGUCGUCAUAAGCAUGGUCUUUUAUGCUUUUAAAUUCUGGCAUUUUCUCACCAUUAUGUUUGUCUACUGCCUCAACUAGAUAAGAUAAUCCCCUUGCACAAUGGGAUUGUAAGAUAGUUACAUAUUCAUAACGCAGAUCUCAGAUUUUGUGUCCAUGGAUUCAGCUUCUUGAAGUCCACUGAUCCCCCAUCUUUUCCAACAUCUCUCAUGUACAGGAGAAGGAAGUAAAACCAAGAAAUAUAUUGGAGGAUAGUAUGGAGAAUUAUGCAUGCUAAUGUUAUUAAUUAGCAUUAAUUUGCACUGUGAUGUUUUGUCUGUAGACUACCUUAGCGGACUAUAAAUUUUCGGAUUAUGAGGUUCAUCGUAGUGAGGCUGAUUUUGAGUGGCUUCAAUCUGCCUUUGAAGAGUCUUGUCCUGAAAGAAUUAUUCCUCCAAUGGUGAUACACUCUUCGUUGCAUGGUAUGUGGCAUUGUUCCAUUAUUUUCCCGGUCAAAGCCCUUCAGUUCAAACCUAUCGUAAUGACUACCUCUUACAAGUGACCGUGGCCAUUUUUAGCUUGAUGGUUUUAUAGUUUUCCAUUGUUUUUAACCUCCUGUAAGCUACUACUUGGCACAAUGUUCACUGGAUAUGUAUGUAACAUGGCGCUUAGAGUAUACAAAGAAAUUUCAGUAGCAGCUUGAAACUCAAGAAACUUAAUGACUAUAGUAGAUGUGUCGGGGCCUAUUCUUGGAAGAGGCCCUCUGUUUUGUCAAUUCUCAUAUAAAGCGACCACCUGCUGAAAGGUAAGCGACCACGAAAUCUUCGUAUUCUGGGUGGUCGCUUACGGGAGGUUUUUACUGUAGUUACAAUGUUUAUUUUAUUACUUUUAGGCAAAAUGAGAGAAGUUCAAAGGUUUUUAUCAAGAAUAUGUGCUCACAAGGUAAAAAGAGUCUUGAGACUUGAGAUGGAAUUGACACUCAUACUUUUAAUCACUUUGAUUUGACUGUCUGUCUACAAGAAAAAUAUCUUUUUGACUUUGUUGUUUAAAAUUCAUAAAGAAAAAAUUAAAAAAAAAAACAUGAAUUAACAGCAUGUCAAAAUACAGUGGAACCUCGAUAUAACAAACCUCUAUAAUAAAUUAUUUAACGAAGUCCUCGGUAUAACAAAUGAUUUUCUUUACCCCAGUAAUAGAAAAGGAAGUUUGAUAUUUGCCAGUCCCUUGGCCCUUCAUUAUAUCAAUGUUCCACUGUAACACUUUCUUAGUUCCACAAGUGGAGACAUAAUCAUUUUUUGCAUGCUAACAUUAUAACAAAUAUGUUCUCCAUUUUAGGUUUUAAGGAAGCACCGUCUUUUGAACUUGUUUUUAACUGGUGAAGGACAGGUAAAUUCAUAAUCAUGUGGUUCAUUUUAAAUUGCCAGCUGCUCACAGUCUGCAGUCAAACCAGCAUGUAGCGGUCACCCUUUAAGAAUGGCCGACUGACUGCUUAAUACAGGUUUGACAAACCAAAGAGUUGAUCAAGACAAUAUUGAUAAUGAUGGUGACAAAGCGUAACACGAAAAGUUGACCUGGAAGUGUUUCUACCUUGUACUUCUAUUACUAUGGCUGAGUAAGAGCCUGCCUCGAUUCAUCACACCUCUUUCAGGUCUCCUUAUCCAACAUAGCUGUUCUCAGCGCUUCCGUGCUGUUCAAGCUGGUAUCCCUACUAAGGUUAUCUAUAUAAGUAACAGCUGGUCUGCCCAUGCUCAUGUACCCACACAUUGGCUGCCAAAGUACUAGUUAAGACACUUCCUCCUCUGGGUGUCUAGCACAAUGGCCAGCUAGCUUCAACCUUCUGAAACCCACUUUUGAUGACACUGGUGAUAAAUUACCAUAUAGUUCCUUGUUGAUCAAUUUAUCUUGCCAAGACACAUUUAAUACUUCUACCUCUUCUUGUGCCAAAAGAAAGGGAGUAAAAUACCACUGAAUGCCAUACUCAGCGUAUCUAUUGCACUUGUGUCUUGACAAAGUGACCGUUCAAUAGAGGUGAAAACAAUAAAGUUGGGACCACAGAAAAGGUGACCGCUUAAUAGAGAUGACCUCCAAAAUAAUACAGGGCAGAUUUACGGUGAUAAAUAGAUGGAAAUGAUUUUUGGGACUUAAGAAAGUGACCACUUAAUCGAGGGUGACCGCUCAAUGCAGGUCCUCUUAAUAACGACCAUUUGUUUUGAUAUUAAUUUUUUAGGACAUUCAGAAAGCUAGGGAGGAACUUGAAAAGAAAAGAAGAAAAGAGGAUACUUCAGAACAUGAAUUUUUAAGGAAAGAAUCCUAUGAUCAAAAUGCUCCCGUAAUAAAGUGUCAGGUCAGUAGUCUGCCUACUGUUAUCCCUUUAAAUCACAAGAUCAACAUUUAAAUUCUCAUUUGUCCUCCUUAUUGGUUUCCUGUAGAAAUAGUGGGAAAAGUAAAUUCAUCUUGUGUGAUCAGUGUCCGUAAUUCUCAAGACCACUCUGAUAAAGCAUCGGCAUGACAAGGAGAAAUUUGAUGCUGAUCACUUUUAUGGUGGUUAUCAUCAUCAUCAUCAUCAUCAUCAUCAUCAUCAUCAUCAUCAUCAUCAUCACCAUUAUCAUCAUCAUCAUCAUCAUCAUCAUCAUCAUCAUCAUCAUCAUCAUCAUCACCACUAUCAUCAUCAUCAUCAUCAUCAUCAUCAUCAUCAUCAUCAUCAUCAUCAUCAUCAUCAUCAUCAUCAUCAUUAUCAUCAUCAUCAUCACCACUAUCAUCAUCAUCAUCAUCAUCAUCGUUAUCAUCAUCAUCAUCAUCAUCAUCAUCAUCAUCAUCAUCAUCAUCAUCAUCAUCAUUAUCAUUAUCAUCAUCACCAUUAUCAUCAUCAUCACCAUCACCAUAAACACCAUUACUGUUAUAAAGUUCAAAAGCUGCUCCUGUCUGUCUGUCUAAGCUCUGAAUUGUCAUUGUCAAUAUUAUUUUCUAGUAAUUUUAUUUUUAAUCAUUUUUGUCACCAUUCUCCUUUCUUUUGUUGUUGUUUUGUGCUGUACUUGUUUUAUUUUAUUAUUAUUAUUUUGGGGGGGAGUGGUGGGGGUGGCUCACAAGUUUGGGAUAUUUGUCAGGACUGUGCUCUGGCCCCUGUCACCUCUCUCGGGUGACUAGAAAAUCUUAGUUUUUUCAUACUAAUCAUAAGCUGGGCACCCUAGAUUUUACAGGUUCAGAGCACUUGGCUCCCUUGAAUUUUCCUUAGAGCACAGCCUUGUGAUUGUAACACGUCACUAGGUUUAUGGACACAACCUGAGUGGUUUAAAUAAUAAAACCUAUACUUCUCAUGGUUAACAAAUAUCAUUUUGAUGUUCUCAUUUCCUAAAUUAUAGAGAUACUUGGGGCAGUUUUCUGAUAACCUUGAGGGAUUAAUAACUCAUCUUCAGGACAGUUUAAACAAGAACACAACAGGUAUUAACAAUAAUUAAAUGAGCAGUCAUUGUCAUUGUCCUGUGUUGUUUCAUGGAUUUAAUGUUUUCUGACUGUUUUUAGAUGGUCCUGGUGUUUGGUUUAAAUCUUUGGCAGACUGUGAGCCAGCAGAUACAUACUUAAAGGUACAUUUUAUCUAUAUUUUAAUUUAUUUUCCCACAUAUGCUGCAUAUAACAACUUAAUUUAAAUGCAGGCAUCAAUUUAAUAAAAUGUUUGUUAGGGUACAUUUAAUUUGCCAGUGUAGCUAUGAGUCUUUAAACAAUAGCUACACUUAAAAACUAGCUUAAACUGGUAAAAGUUUUACUCAAUUUACCCCAGUCUAAAAAAUUAAUCUUGAGCAAUCUAUUAAAAGUCGGUUAGUGAUAUUCACAUUGCUUAUCAAUGGAACGUGCGUAGUCUGGUCUGAAAGAAACAUGUUUCACCGCGAAAACCAUUCACACCAGGCAGUGCACUGGGUGAAGUGUGACUGAUACUUGUUUGGUCUAAGCAUCAUUGAAAUUAGGUAGUUUCAAUCUCAGUCAGAUGAAACGAGUUAAACAUAAUGGUUGACAGGGCAGAGUAGAGGAAGAACAGUACACAGUAGAGAGGUGAAGAGUCAAUAUUAAAGAACCUAUUUCUAGUACAUGGCUCUACGAGGAAAUAGAAAUUUUAUUGCAAUUUGGGCUGACAAGGAAAUUCAACGUCAGUUAUCAUCCUUGGGCUGCAAGCAAAAUUUGUUAAUUAAUUUGUUGUUCUUGUUUUGAUUUUCCCACAGAUAGCUGCAGAAGCUCUUAGCAAAAUCUGCAUUGAGUUGGAAAAUAAUCGUGUAUGUAGCAUUGCAAGAUAUGUUUUAUUUAAAUAUGUUCAGAGGUGGAUCUGCACUUUCUGGGGAUUUCUUGUUUCUUGCUACCGAUGCUUCAAUAAAUUAAUUAUCCUCUUCUUGCUUCCUAACUUUUCUCUAAUUUAAAUUUUGUAGGAAACAACAGAAGAAAAACUCAUUGUGAAUGAUUUGCAGAGUGUUAAUCACUAUGUUAAAAGUGCCAUGGUUUGUGGUUUUAUUCAUUUAUACACACUUCUGGUUUCAUUUACAGUCACUUACUGUUUACUGGCUUUGUUGUCAACCAGUGAUUUUGUUACCUCUGUUUCCUGGGUCCGUGACACAUAAAAAUCCCCAAUGAUGCAAAGUAAUUCAUAGCAUGCAUCCCGAAGGACCCGAAGAUUGAUCAAUCGAUCUAAACAUGAUAUCCCAUUUGUAUACUUUCUGUGGCUUUUAUUAUGGCUGUGGUUUAACGAUGCAUAUUUUAGCCCCUUGUAAUAUAGAGGUUUGCAGUCUGUCUUCAGAUAAACUGUCUGGUUACAUAAAGUCCCAAAUAUUUUCAAUUUCGAACUCUUUUUUUUUUUUUACUGGCACUCAGUGGUUCUGGACUGAGACUCAUGAUUUUUCACAAGAUGAGUCCCAGGAAAUUUUAUUUGAAAGUUAAAUCCAUUUAUCUGGUAAACAUGGAUUUCAGAUUCAUCUCUGCAUUCCUGCACGAGUAAUUAACAAGAAGUGAAUUCACUAAGUGAAGUUAACAUAAUGAAAUUUCUAUGAGUUAAGUUUUCUUGAAUUUGAUAUAAAUUUAUAUAAUUUAACUUAACUUGAUUACUAAAAUAUCUUUUGAUUAAAAUAGGCACUUCUUCAAAGGAUACAAGCGGCAGUAGAAAAGUUCCUGUACUGGGAUGAAGAAGUCAGGGCUAAUGAGCAAACGAAGGUAGGUGAUGAUAUCAUGUAAAAGCAUCUUUCUUAGGUAUACCAAGUGAAUUUUUGUUAAUGGAACGCAAUUAUCAGUUAACCAAAUUGUCCACCAUAAUGACUCCAUGUAAGGCAUGUCCAUAAUCUUUAUCAUUGUAGUUGCUUGUUUGGCUGGGAGUGAAUAGCUUGCCUCAUCUUGCAUCAUAAGCUUGAUCUGUUUUGCAUCAGCAAUUUGUUCCUGUUGCCCACUACCUGCUGAAAAUAUACUACCAAUCAGGGAAUCUUCCAGUAACAUGAUGGAAAAUAAAAUUUUGAAGACUUACUUGCUGUGAUAGUAGGAACAUAUUAAACAAUGCCUUUCGCAGGUCAACUCAACAAACACUCCAGGCCCCAGUUGUUCAAAAGGUGAAUAGCGUUAUCCAGCGGAUAAAUCUCUAUCCAGUGGAUAGUACAAUUGUUUCCCCCAAUACUCAUCCACUUGAUAGUGAUUUAUCCGGUGGAUAGCACCAUCCAGCUUUUGAACAACUGGGGCCAAGGGAUGUUUGAACAUGGACUUGAUUUUACAGUAAACUCUUUCUAAGCUGCCUUUAUGUGUCCGACCUAGAGAGAUGUCUGUGUUAUAGAGAGUCAAAAAAAGGCUUGGAGUAAUGAAAGGCAGGGACCAACUGAAGGUGUCUGUUUUACCGACGUGUAUGUCUGAUAGAGGUGUCUGUUAAGAUAGAUUUGACUGUAUUACUAUAAUGAGACUUUCUCUUAACAUGUUUUGCAGGACAAUAGGCCUUUCUCACCAGUGGCCACUUUGUCUCAGGAGAUUUAAAAAGCUUUGUUUAUGCAUGGCUAGCCUCUUUCUCUCUAUGAGGCUAGCCGUGCAUAAACAUAGUUUUUUUUAAUCUCUUGGGACAAAUUGGCUGCUACGUGACAAAGGUCUAUAUAAUACUUUUUUGUUUAAUUCAAUAAUAAAAUAUUACUUUUCGACGCAGAAGCCUUUGUCAGAAGGUGAAUCCGAUACUGGCAAUCAAACACAGAAAUGGGCAGAGGUGAGCAAAUCUCAUGUCUAUUCAGCAUUCAAAGAUAGCAUGUCCUAUACUUACUGUUGUCUGGGGCUAGAGUUGAUUUUGCAUAACUUUACCUGGUUCAUGUUGAGACCUUGUCGCAGGAUUCUCUUAUAAUUGGUUUUGUGAGAUUUUUAAACAUUCUUUAAUGUGCAACAGAUGUUAAAAGUCUUUAAGCAGACUAAUUCCUGAUGAACCCUUAUUAAGCAGCCAACCCCCUAUUAAGCCGCCACUUUCCAUUUCCCAGAGGGUGGCCGCUUAAUAGGAGUUUGACUGUAUUUUUUUUCUGUCCAUUGAUUAUUAUAAGGUGCGUGGAAAAUGUUUUUGGGCUAGAACAUCCAACAUGAAGUCACAACUUGCCUUGAAGGGCAAGCUGGAAAAUUUAUUUUUUUUCACUUUCCUACUGAUAAUGUGAGUCUACUUCACACCUAACAUGUGGGACACUAUUUUAUACAUUACCUGAUAAAGGAACACAUAACCCUUUAAGCCCCAAUAUCCAUGUAUAAAUUUACCAGGCUGAUCUCAUUAUAUUUCCCUAAAGAAUUAGUUGGCAGUCAUUUCAUUGACUCUCAUAAUCAUCUCUCUUUAUAAUAUAGUGAUGUUAUUAGGAGAAAUUGAUGUUGGUCAUAUUUGGGACUUAUAGGGUUAUUAAAACCUUUCUGAGUACUCUGUAGUUUUGUAACAAUGACACUGAUGUUUAGUCAAGUGUUCUCUUGUUAUUGAAGGCAAAUUCUAACUGUGCCGAUGCCAAAACCAAGCUGGAGCAUCUGUGUAAAGACCUGUCUCCAGAGCUAGCCCACUUUGACUGGAGGAAAGAAGUGGAAUUACGGGAAAUAUUGAUCGAAUAUUCGGCACUAAGAUCAGAACAUUUUGAAAAGGUAUGUGUAAGGAAUUCCAAUAAUAUUAUUAUUAUAGUAGAUAAAAUUUUGGAUCAAUUUAUGUUUCUGGGAAACUGCCCACCUUCCCCUCCCCUAAGCCAUCAUUUUGCCCUAAGCGAGAAGUAAGUGUUAAUGUUAGCUUAGGGGAGGGGUAGGUGGGCGGUUUCCCAGCAACCUAAAUCCAAAAUUUUUCCAGGAGAGAGUAGCCUUUGAUCAGACUCUAUCUCCAUUUUAGUUUACUUAUAAGCAGCACUAGAAGUUUUGCAUGAUUGUGGGUUAUGGCAAGAGAAGUGUUUCUUGAAACCUACGGUCUCAAAGUGAGGUCAAUAGGCCAUUUCCGAGUUGCCUCAAGCCUCUGUUUCAAAGCGUGGCUAAGUGCGAAGCCAUUGAUAUGGAAAUGAUUUUUUUCUCAUGCAAAUAAAACUUAUUUUCACAAUAAAGGUUUUGUACUUGGCCUUGUUUUGAAACUCAGAAAUGGCCUAUUAACAUACAUGCAUUCUGUGUAGGUAACAGCAUGAUUUUUAGUGAUAUUUGGCGUAAAUACCACGAGUGAUAUUUCGAAAUUGUUAUACGUAAUUUCACAAGCUGUUAGGUGAGUGAAAUUGAGACAAUUUUGAAAUAUCACGAGUGGUAUUUAUGCCAAGUAUCACAUACAAAUCACGCUAUUAUUUGUUUACACUACUGCCCACAAAAGUUUUGUAAUUUUCACAUGUAGGUAUUUCAAAUUAAGCUGAAAUACCACUGCUCUAAGUCAAUCAAAUUGCAGAAAGUGUAAGGGGAGAAAACCUCUGGUAGACUCCAUCCAGGAGGGAGUCGCCCCACACCCCACCCCCCCUCCCACCUCCUUCUUAUAUGAAGUAACUAUUGACUUUCCAGUUGAUGCUUAAUGUUGACUGUGAUAAGUGAGCAACCAUUUUCAGUAUUUAGAAUAAAAAAUUGUUUUUGUAUUUAGGUUCAAAGUAAAUGGUUUGGAGUGAAGCUCAUGGUGGAUGAGCCAGUAUCUGUGGAGGUGCGAGCUAUUAAGUGUGUCGAGGACUCAUGACAUAAAUAAUGCAUAAAUAAUAGCACUGGUCAAGGUAUAAUGAUAAUCAUGGGCCAAUCAUGAGGUCAGUAUGCCUGAUCUGAACAAGCUUGGUCAUUAAAGACUUUGGUGUAUUAUAGCUAAGAGGCUACUGAACAGAACUUGGGGUAACAAAGUUCCAAGCUGGUAAGAUAGCCAAGGCCCAUUUUGCUUGCCAGGGUAGGUAAUCAGAGCACAUGGCUUGCUUGCUUCAUAUUGCCUGACUGUUUAGCCAGUCAUGUAAUAACAAUUUCUUUAACCCAUUCACUUCUGGGAAUUUUUCGAAAAAUGCGUUUUGAAGCUAUUCAAGCCAUUGCCUGGUCACUGUUUGGCUAUAAAGAGCUAAAACUCACCACAAAGCUGUUUAUUGGUUGCUGUCUUCUGAUCCAGACACAAAAUAUGAGCUUUCAAGGUUUGGGCAUGCAGAGAACUCAUAUUUUCGAGUUAGUACAAGAUUUUUAAGGAAAUUUUUGGGUCAAUAUUACAUGGUUUUUGCCUCUUUCUCUGGCCCCCUUGACUGAAUUGUGCUUAUUCUGGUAUGGUCUGAAAGAUCUCUUCACCCUGCUCAAGUUAGAUGACAAAGUUGUCCUUGAGAAUUAAGGCAGAUGACAUCCCAAGUGGAUGAAGGGAUGUGGAUCCACUUGGGUGGUUCAGGGGCGAAUGGGUUAAUUCACUCUUUUAGUGUGUUAUUUGCAGUGUUAAAAUGCAACUUCUCUUUGUUUCUAAUACACCGAUCAUUCUUUGGCAAAAAAGAAGUAAGAUGUUGAAACAUGUAGUAUUCUCCUUGUUAAGUCAUCUCCUUGGGAACCUUGUUGUUAUUAAAAAUGUAUCAAUAGAUAAAGUUAGGUAGUUGUUUAAUGUAUGAAAAUGAUAAGUGAAAUUAUGAUAAUAUAGACUAUAAAUAAUGACUUUUUAUAUGCAGAAUUGGACUCAAAAAUUACAUUUUUAAGAGAGCCAAGAUUAAAGGCACAAAAUAUCAAUGGAAUCUAAUGGCCAGUUCACAUGAAAAUCUAUUUGGUUGUACAAAGUUAAAAAAAGAAAAGUUCAGUGAUAUAAAACACAAUCUAAUAUUAAUAUGUUGUGGAAAAUUGACAGACAUUUGUGCCAUAUAUAAUAUUAUUACGAGUCCCUCUCACUAGUAAAAAGAUUAGUAAUAUAAGGAAAAACGUUAUUUUCCACAAGUCUCCUAACACUUGUCGCAACAUCUGAGUUGUUGAUUAUGUACAGUGUCUGACAAGUUGAAUAAUUUACUGAUAAUAAGACAGUAGAGAGGUUAAACAUCAUCAUCUUAUGGCAAACAUCCACUUUCGUUUUUUCGGCUUUGCUGUUCAUUUUCAUUUUAGUUUGCAUAUCAGUUUCACUUGCACCCAGAUGGAUAAAUUAUCACUAAGAAAACAAAACUUCUUAGUGAAAAAGAAGACAGCAAAAUAAAUGUGAGCUGUUGGAAAUAAAUGAACAAGAAAUAAAGAUCGGCUGUUUGCCAAGAAUAUGAUGGUUGAUCGCUCUAGUAUUGUAGAAUACACUCAUGAAGUACAUUAUUUACAAGCUCAGUGCUAAUUCACCUUUGUCAUAGUUUUCUAUGCUACAGAUUCAGUCUCCUGUACAGUUCAGGGUGCAAAGAAAGUCAGUUUCACAGCCUGCCAUUCAGGCAAGCUGUUGCUAGCAUGUACUAGCCCACAAGUCAUUUCAACUGGCCCCAAAACCCUUUUUGAUUGGCAGGAUUGAUUAGUCCUUCUGUAAUUUGAAUUUCCCAAAAAAUAAAAGCACUUGCCCAUAGGGCAAGUUAAGAACAAAAAUCACUAGCCCAAUAGCAAAAUCGACUAGCCUCGGGCUAUUGGACACGACUUUCCUUGUACACUGCGGUUGUUUUGCAAUUAUUCUUGGAAGCAAAGUUAUAUUACUGUAAGGAAGACUAAAAAAAUAUUAUUGUCAAUGUUCACUACUUUGGUCUUAAACAUCCUGGCAUCUCAAAAUUAAUGUGAGAAUUGUUAAGCGUCAAUAUUCUUUAAAUUUACAGAGAAGUCGAAAUUUAUUAAUUUAAAGAAGUGAACUUGCUAUUAUUAUUAAUUUUUUGAGAAAUCUUGAAGUGACUCCAAAACUGACACAUCUCAUCUCUCAAACUCUCGGAUAUUUUGGAUUUUACUUGAGUGCCUCUUCUGGUGUGUAAAGUAAUAAUAUUACUUUACACACCAGAAUAAUAUUAAGUAAUAAUAUUAAGUAAUAAUAUUACUUUACACACCAGAAGAUAUUAUUAUUGAUUGAUAUAGAGAGCUUUAGAUUCUAAGAUGAGGUUGAGUAGGAGUACAAGAUUUUCUUAAUACUAAGUAGUGUUCGUGCAUGAGCCAGCAUCAUUUUGGCAAGAAAAUGUGGUAGCCAUCGUCACUCUACCAUGAGUUUUAGCGAGAAUAUCAUAGUUGUAAGAAUGUUAGAAGUUUUAUCAUUUUGUGAUUCGGAGAAGGCGUAACCUGUUCUGAUAAAGGUAACAGUGCUAAUUUUUCUGGUAAAAAGCACUAUAGAGCAUUCUGGAGUGUUUGUAUUUUGACAAUUCACAAGAAAACUUUAAAUCAAAUCUCAUUGUGGUAGUUAUUCUCGUCCUCAAAUCUAAAGGCCUCUAACAGUAAUAGAUCACUUGGUACACCUCCAAAUCAACAAAAUGCGUAGAUUUUAUAUAAUAUAUAACUUAGAUUUAUAUCCUUUACGAGUAGGACACAAACAUUGCAUAGCAUAAUAAAAAUAAUGUUAUAAUAAUAAUAAUCAAAAUGUUGUUUAGUUUUAACAAGUUUUUACUUGCA